GGUUCACUCUUGCAGCAUGGUCAUCCGAAUAAUGGUCAUGGUGCCCCUUUACGCCAUAUCCUCUCUCAUCUCUCUCUUUUCCCUCGAAGCCGCGUUCUUCAUCGAUGCUGUCCGUGAUAUCUACGAGGCGUUCGUCAUCUACUGCUUUUUCGAUCUCCUUCUCCAAUAUCUAGGAGGAGAACGCUCCCUCAUGAUCUCGCUGCAUGGCCGCUCUCCAAAGUAUCCCGUCUUUCCUGGAAACUUAUUCUGGCCAGAAGUUGACGUCAGCGAUCCGUAUACGUUCCUCUUCUUGAAGCGGGGUAUCAUUCGUAAGUCUUAA